ACCCCCACCCGAUCUCAACCAACCUUCAGCUUCAAGAUCGGAGCCUGUCCUAGUUUUACUUAAAAACAACAGAGACAACCACAAAUUCGGAGAUCGCGGCCCGUCGGUGAUCGGUGACGAGUUACUGGCGAGAAGCUCCUGAAAAAACGCAUCCCUUUGCUUUCUCGACGGCUUUCCGUUUUUCUUUUCAUCGGAGGGGGUUUUCCUUUUUCGGUGCUUAGUUAGGGAUGCCUCCUUUUGUAGACGACAUCCUUCCUUCGUCGAAUGUGUUCAUCCAGAAGAAACCAGAAUCGAGUAUCAUCACCAUUGAUGUCGGUGGGCAACUCUUCCAGACCACCAAACAAACCCUGGCCCAAGCUGGUUCCGGUUCACUCCUCUCGAAGCUUUCCAAUCCCUCAUCUCUUUCUCGGCCGGAUGUUCCUUUCAUAGACAGAGACCCUGAGAUCUUUUCCAUCCUUCUCUCCCUUCUCAGGACUGGUAAUCUCCCUUCCAAAGCCAAGGCUUUUGAUCUUCAGGACCUCAUCUUUGAAGCCCAAUUCUACGGCCUCGAGAGCCUCCUUGUGUCCUCUCAAUCCAAUCCCUCUCAAUUCGAAGCCUUCAAUCUCGAAAAAUCACUGAUUUUGCCUCUCAAUGGUAGGGAUUCCCCCUCUGCCAUCUCUACCACCCCUUAUGGAUCCGUUCACGUAUCUCACGGUAGCAAAAUCACGUCAUUUGACUGGUCACUCCGUCGGAAAUCCACGAUCCUUACACAGUUCACCGCUAUCGACUCCCUCCUUGCGCUUUCGCAGUCUGUCGCCGCGGCCGGUGCCACCGACUUCUCAGGCCUGCAGAUUCUGGACCUUGACAGGGGUUUUAUUAGAGAAACCUUAAAUUGGGAGAAUUCGACCAUGUCCAGUUCCACGGUUCAGGCUAUUGGUUCUUCUCCCGAUUUUUUAUUUACAAGCUUCGAGUCCGGCCGUCGAAACUCGAGUUCCAUCAUGGUUUUUGAUAUACAUGGGAGUUUUUGUCCUGUCGUGGAAAUUGCCCGCUGCGAAAUCUAUGGUGCUGAAAUCGACUCCGCGAUCCCGGCGACCAAACUGAGGUGGGUUUCGAGUCUCAAUAUGCUUAUGGCAUCGGGAUCUCAUGGAGGGCCUUCUGGGGUGUUGGGUAACAUCAGAUUGUGGGAUAUCAGGUCCGGCAAUGUUGUUUGGGAACUGAAGGAGAAGAUGGACUGUUUUUCUGAUGUAACGGUCUCGGAUGCUCUCUCUGCAAUUUUUAAGGUCGGUGUGAAUUCCGGCGAGGUGUUCUUUGCAGACAUGAGGAAGCUUAAUGCCGAUAAUCCAUGGGUUUGCCUUGGUGAUGCAAGAAAGGGGAACAGUGGGAAGAAAGAAGGUUUUGGCUGUAAGAUUGAAAGCCAUGGAAAUCAGGUAUUUUGCAGUAAAGGAGGGGAUGUAGAGCUCUGGUCAGAGGUUCUAAUGGGUUCUCCAACAAGUAGUGAAGAUGGGUUGAGGGGGAGAGUUUUCAGGAGAAAUUUAAUGGGUAGAGUCAAGGACGUGGGAGGAUGUAAGAUAACAAACCUCGCAUUUGGGGGUAACAGGAUGGUUGUUACAAGGAAGGAUCAACAAUCUGUUGAGGUUUGGCAGAGUUCAGUCAGGGGAUUCUGAAAUUAUUUGUCUUGCUCUUGUAUAGAAUUCAUUGUACAAUAGAGAGAGAAAGAUCGCAACAAUGUAAUGUUAAAAAAAUUGUGCCAAUUCUAUCUAUUCUGCAACUGCAAGCUUUUUAGUUCUUUGGUCUGGUAGAGAAAGAUACCUAUGCGUUUAUUGCUCGAUC